GCGGCCGUUACCUGGCGACGGAGCGGGAGGGCUGCGCGGCGGGGUCAGCACCUGCAGGUCCCGCGGGCGCGGCAGGCGGUGGGUAGCUGCGGCGGCGGCGGCCCGGCCCGCGGGCUGCAGAUGGGAGCCCAGGGCGCUGAAGAUGCUGGCGGGCCGAAGCGAGGCGCCGGCACGGGAGCUCUUCCGGGACGCCGCGUUCCCCGCCUCCGACUCGUCGCUCUUUUUCAACUUGUCCACGCCGCUGGCCCAGUUCCGGGAGGACAUCACGUGGAGGCGGCCCCAGGACAUUUGUGCUGCGCCCCGGCUGUUCCCAGAUAACGCGUGGGAAGGACAGGUGAAGCAGGGGCUGCUGGGCGACUGCUGGUUCCUGUGUGCCUGUGCUGUCCUGCAGAAGAGUCGGCACCUCUUAGACCAGGUCUUCCCUCCAGGACAGCCGAGCUGGUCUGACCAGACAUACUGUGGCCUCUUCACCUGUCGAAUUUGGCAGUUUGGACAAUGGGAGGAGGUGACCAUUGAUGACCGUCUGCCUUGUCUUGCAGGGAGACUCUGCUUCUCCCGCUGCCAGAGAGAGGAUGUGUUCUGGCUUCCCUUGCUGGAAAAGGUCUAUGCCAAGGUCUGUGGGUCCUAUGAACACCUGUGGGCAGGGCAGGUGGCAGAUGCCCUGGUGGACUUAACUGGCGGCCUGGCAGAAAGGUGGAGCCUGAAGGACUUAGCAGGAACCAGUGGCCAGCAGGACAGACCUGGUCGUGGCUGGGAACAGAGGACAUGUCGGCAGCUGCUCCGCCUGAAGGACCGGUGUCUGAUCAGCUGCUCAGUGCUCAGCCCCCGAGCUGGGGCCAGGGAUCUGGGGGAGUUCCAUGCCUUCAUCGUCUCAGAUCUGCGGGAGCUCCAGAGUCGGGCUGGCCAGGGCAUCCUGCUGCUGCGGAUUCUGAACCCCUGGGGCCGGCACUGCUGGCAGGGACUCUGGAGAGAAGGGGGUGAAGGGUGGAGCCAGGUGGAACCAGCUGAGGAGUCUGAGCUGCUGUCUCAGCUCCAGGAUGGGGAGUUCUGGGUGGAGGAAGAGGAAUUCCUCAGGGAGUUUGAGGAGGUCACCAUUGGCUACCCAGUCACAGAGGCCGGCCACCUACAGAGUCUCUACACAGAGAAGACGCUGUGCCACGUGCAGGCGCUGCCUGGUGCCUGGGUCGUGGGGCAGUCAGCUGGAGGUUGCCGCAACAACAGCUGCUUUCCCUGCAACCCCAAGUACUGGCUGAGGCUCUCGGAACCCAGUGAGCUGUGUGUGGCUGUUCUGCAGAGACCCAGGAAGCACCCAGCAGGCAGGGCCCGGGCACUGGUGGGCCGUGGCCCCGCCCCAUCCAGCCUCCUGGCCAAGGACUACCAGGCCAAGGACUACCAGGCCGUGGGCCUGCACAUCUGGAAGGUGGAGAAACGGCGGGUCAGCCUGCCCAGAAUCCUGUCUACUCCCCCUGUGGCUGGCACCGUGUGUCAUGCAUAUGACCGUGAGGUCCAUCUACACUGUGAGCUCUCCCCUGGGUACUACCUGGCUGUCCCCAGCACCUUCCUGAAGGACAUGCCAGGGCAGUUCCUGCUCCGAGUCUUCUCCACAGGCAAGAUCUCCCUCAGUGCUGUCAGGGCAGUGGCCAAGGGCGCCUCCCCUGGGGCAGCCCUGCCUGCCGGCGAGUGGGAGACCUUGCAGCUGCGGGGCUGCUGGAGAGCAGGCCAGACAGCAGGGGGCAGCAGGAACUUUGCCUCCUACCUCUGCAACCCCUGCCUCCCUUUCUCCGUCCCUGCGGGCUCUGGUCCCCGCUGCAUCCGAAUCACCCUGCACCAGCACUGCCAGCUCAGUGACAGCCAGCUGCACCCCAUUGGCUUCCAUGUUUUCCAGGUUCCUGCAGCUGGUGAGAGGCGGGGCGCAGGCCCCCUGCUGCUCCAGGAACCGCUGCUGAGCUGUGUGCCUCAUCGCUACGCCCAGGAAGUGAGCCGGCUCUGCCUGCUGUCUGCAGGGACCUACAGGGUUGUGCCCUCCACCUACCUGCCUGACACAGAGGGCUCCUUCACGGUGACCAUAGCAACCAGAGUGGACAGGCGGUCGAUUCACAGCCAGGAGACGCUGGGCCAGGUCCUCCAGGAGGUCUCCCUUACUGCAGUGAUGAAGGCCUAGCCGGGGCUCCCCCGAGCCAGCUCAGGUGGCUGGUGCCGGCGCUGAACCUCCAGCUGCCACUCAGCUCUGCAGGGCAGCUGCUCCCAAGUGAGGUGCUCUGUCCUAGAGAGAGGGAGUCUUGGGGCCGCGCAGGUGCUGCAGGAGGGGCAGGAACUCCUGUGCCCAAGACCUCGAGAUUCCGGGACUCCAGCGUCCCUCCCACAUGGUCUUGCCAACUCCAAGCAGAGGCCUGGUACCAGGCAAGUGUGUUGUGCCAGCCGUUGCUGAGAACUCUUUAUUACUUGAAAUAUUUUUAGGACAUGACUUUAUAAAUAAACGUGAGCAAUUUG